AUAAUUUUAUCAAAAUUGUUACCUUGAUAUAUUGAACAAAUCUUCUUUAACUAAAUUAUUUUAUUAUUACGUAAUAUGUAACUCGCCCGAAUAAUUAUCUAAGGUUAAAAUGUCCACUAUAAAAUCCAUCGUAAUUUAAUCGGUUUUCGUGUGACGCAUUUUUGUGAUUUUGUUAAUUAAAAUAAAGAUGAUGUCAUUCUCUUCUUUUACAUUUCUAAGCGAAUAAAGAUUGCCCACUUAAGUCAUAUAUCUUAAUGUGACCCUGUGAGUUAUGCCCCAGACUUACGAGAAUCCGAGAGUUUUAUCAAAAGUAGAUACGACUAACCCAAUUAAACUGCUUAAACAACACCUCCCUUCCUCUGUUUUCCUUAUCAUAUAUGUUGCCACAACAACAAAUUGACAGUGUCUAUGUAAUGGAAGAAUAAAAUGAGUUUCAUGAAGUCAACAGAUAAUUCAGUACACAUGUUUAUUUCAUCGACAGCUGUUCUUCAUGUGACAUUCGCACAAAUGUCUUCUUUCUCUCUCUCUCUCUCUCUCUCUCUCUCUCUCUCUCUCUUUCUCUCUCUCUUUCUCUCUCUCUUUCUCUCUCUUUAACAGUUGAAUAAUUAUCGAUUAACGAGCAUCUUUUUUUAAUGGAUAGUGAAUCAUAUGGCCAAAGUUAAAUAUUAACAAAGCUCGUGCAAUAACAAUACUAAAAUCAUCGUGUAUACUGAUCAUAAAGCCGUAACUCUCAAAUAUAAAAGAGAACUUGAGAAAGCCAUCAAAGAGAAUCGCUCGUCAAAUAAAGAAAUUAAUAAAUCGAGCAGGCAAGCGAUAAAUACGUUUGCUCGCAAAAGCAAUCUUUUUAAAAACAGUAAAUAAAAUCAUUUGUUAACAAAAUGUGCUUUUCGACAUUAAGAAGUAACGCAUCAUUAAAUUUGUUGUCUAUUAUUUUUUAAUGACUCUCCUUCAAAAUGCCAUUAACACAUUUAAUUAUUCUGCCAAUACUGUAACAGGUAGAGAAGCGCAAACGCGUAUCGUUUAUGUGAUCGUUUGAAGGAACCACUUGUAUGUAUUUUAAGCUGAAUGAAAGUCUGGUCUACUUUAAAUAUAACAAGAAAUAGAGAUACAAAUUGUUGAGCGACGUUAUGUCAUUGCGUGCACCUGCUACCGCAUCUAAAUUAAUCUUCCAAUAAUCAAUUCUGCAGAAGUUGAUAUUAAUUAAAUGAUAAAUGCCUUCUAUCGACAUUAUUUUAUUUUAUGUCAAAUACCUAAAUUAGUCUUUUUUCACUAAUCUUAAAUUCGCGAAUACAUGAACCAAUAGUAAAUGCGAAUGUGCGUUGUUAAAGUUCGAAAGAAAUGUACACGAAAUUUUCAUCAGUUUCGCAUUCGGAUUGAUUCAUUCAUGAGGCACAAGUACAUCAAAGAAAAAUUGUGCACAAAAUAAAUAAUCACAACAAGAAUAUUCAAUGUGAAAAAAUGUGCAACCAAUAAACAUGAACGCGAAUGUCCAAAAAUUUGCAUUUGCUGUCCGUUUGCUCAGAGUAUAUAUUUAACUUAAGACAAAAAUACACAUUUUUCAUCAUUGUCUCAUCAUUUGAGCCUUGCCGAAUGACAAAUGCGAAUGACAAUAAAGUGACACAAUAGUCACAAAAACGAAUGUCGAGAGGGAGAAAGAAAGAGAGAAAGAGAAAGCGAGGAAAACGAUAUAUCCCAGUCAAUUUAUCAUCGUCAUGAAACAUUUAACAUAAAAAUAAAACAUAUAAUAUAAAAACGUAUAUAAGAUUCUUUUUCUUCUCCUCUUCAUUGGAUUUUAAAUUAAUCUCAAUUAUUAUCGCGUAUUUUUUUACUUUUAUUUUGUGGACUCAUUGGCAUCGCCUAUAAUAAUUUAUUUCACUCGAUCGAGCAUGUUUUUUCAAAAAUUACUAAAAAAUAUUGUUCAUUAAAUUCCAUUUCAGAAUUGUAAUCUUAUGAUUUUAUGUUUCCCCUUUAUUCUGAACAAUUACUGUGCGAUUUAAAUCUAUCCCUAUAUGUAACCCUCUUUGACGAGCAAACUCUCCAUGGUAACACAAGGCUGGACUGCUGGAAACUUCGCGGCUUCGAGGUCGAAACUCGAAAAGUCUGCAUAUUCUCAUCUUCCGUCGUCGUAUAUAUAACCUUGCCGCGCGCAAUAAAAAAGUCAGAUUUCUUACAAAAAAUAUCCAAAAUGCUGAAAUUUCAACUACGUGCCACUCCGGAGGAUCUCAAGAUCGCCGCAUCCAUAGAACGUAGACGACAGCUCGAAGAAGCGAGAAAACUGCGUAUCUUUAAUCCUCGCUUUAGGAAAAUUGGAAUAGACAAGACAUUCUUGGAUAAGCAAGUCGAGGAAAAGCAACGGCGGCAUGAGUGGGAACAGGCGAAAGAAUGUCAAUUGGACGAGGAACUUAUUCGCAACAGCAAGCUCGCCGUGCAUUUGGAGAGACAGCAAGAGGAGGAAAGACGAAGAAUAAACAAAGACAUCGAGUGCUUUCGGCGGGUACAUCAACGAGCCGAGGAUCGUCGAGAUUACGACCUAUAUGAUCCCGAAACGCUAAAGAAAUCACUUCCAGUCGAUGACGAUGACCCGACCUUGGGACCAGCAUGUGCUCAGAAGUUCGAGGGCGAGGAUCGCAAUUUUUACGAGCGAUUGAAAGAACAGAAGGAACAGAUGCGUUGGUGGAUCCAGAGGCAAAAAGAGGAACGCGAGGCCAUUGAAAAGGUACGACGAGAUACCGAGGAAGCCUAUCAGGAAGUCAUCCUCUCCAGGGACAAGCGCGCGAUGAUGCUGGCACGGAUGGAAGAGGAAUGUCGACGAAGGUUGAACGAAGCAACGGCGGAAUUUAAUCGCGCUCUGGCCGAGGAGCAGCAGCACCGCCGUCACUGCGAAGCCAUUCAAGAUGAGGAGGACAAGAAAGCGGAAAUCUAUAAUCACGUGACUGGAGAUUUCCUCACCGAAGCUAAAGAACAGGCUGAGAGUAAUCGCGGUCCGUACAGGCCGUUGGCGGACCGAUACAAGGGCAUGACUGCGGAUGAGUUGAAGGUCUUCAGGGACGGUCAGCUGGAACAAAUGGAAGAGAUUCGAAGAAUCAAAUUGGAAGAGAAAAACAUGAACGAGGAUUGGGAUCGCUUAAUGACCUCGCAUCUUCAAGCUGUGCAUUCGUAUGAGGGCGAAUUAAAUAAAAAAAAAUUCGAGUUUAACAAGAAAAUCGCGGAGGAAAAUUUGCAGCUUGCCGAACAACAGAAAUUACAUCAGGAUUAUCUAAACCGUGUCAUGUAUAAGACUCAACCAACCCCCGCCUUCUACGAGCAAUUUAACAAAGGAACACGUUGAAAGCGUAAUCAUAUGCGCUAUAUAUUUUUUCAAAAUUGAUGUAAAUUAAAAAAAAUAAUUUUACACAAACUUUUUUUUGUAAAGAAAGUGAUAAAUCAAAGUAUAUCAACAAUUCUACUAUAU